AUGCAUAUCUGGGCCCUGAAUAUAAUCCUUGUGGUUGCAUCAUCUCUGAGGCUGAUCGAGAUGUAUGACAAUUAUGGGGAAAUCUGCCGCAACCUGUGCACAUGUGAGGAGAAAGAAGGCAUCCUCACCGUCAGCUGCGAGAACCGCGGAAUCAUCAGAGUGACGGAGAUCAGCCCAGUUCACUUCCCCACAUACCACCUCCUGCUGACUGGAAACCUAUUGAAAAAGCUGUCGGUCAAUGAUUUCAUCAAUUACACUGGAGUGGCCAUUCUGCACUUGGGGAACAAUGACAUUUCAGAGAUCGAAUCAGGUGCCUUCAAUGGACUCCAGGGAUUAAAGAGGUUGCAUCUGAAUAACAACAAAAUUGACAUUCUGAGAGAUGACACGUUUACAGGACUGGAGAGUUUGGAAUAUUUACAAAUUGAUUAUAAUUACAUCAGCAACAUUGAGCCCAACACCCUGAGCAAACUGCAUCAACUCACGGUGAUGAUUCUGAAUGACAACCUGCUCUCUUUCCUGCCCCCCAAUAUCUUUCGCAAUGUCCCCCUCACACACUUGGACCUGCGGGGGAACCGGUUAAAAAUGUUCCCGUACAUUGGUCUCCUGGAGCACAUGGACAAGGUUGUGGAAUUACAGCUGGAAGAGAAUCCAUGGAACUGUUCAUGCGAGCUGAUUGCUCUAAAGGCUUGGCUGGAGAGUAUUGCUUACACGGCUCUGGUGGGGGAAGUCGUGUGUGAGACACCCUUCAGGCUACACGGGAGGGACCUGGAAGAGGUGUCCAAGCAGGAGCUGUGCCCAAGGAGGCCCCAAGAAGACUCUGUAAGGCCUGCGCCCCCUAGCAGCACCAACGGAUAUUACCAGACCACACCUGCUGCCGUCACAGCCUCUGCCACCUCGUCUGGUGUCUUUCGGUCCUCUUCCAGACCUACCAAGGGCACGCGACAAUUUAACCGAACAAGGUUAAAGCCCACUUCUCGACUCCCAGGUGGUAGCCCUUACAACUACGGCCCCAUUAUUGCUUUUCAGACCAAAUCGCCUGUGCCUUUGGACUGCCCCACUGCCUGCACGUGCAACCUACAGAUAUCUGAAAUUGGGCUGAAUGUCAAUUGCCAAGAGAGAAAGAUCGAAAGCAUCUCUGACCUGAAACCCAAGCCAUACAAUCCCAAAAAGAUGUAUCUCACUGGAAAUUACAUCCCUGUGGUCCGGAGAUCAGAUUUUGUCGACGCCAUUGGAUUGGAUUUGCUUCACCUUGGAAACAACAGGAUAACUGUGAUCCAUGACAGGGCUUUUGGGGAUUUAACAAAUCUGCGUAGGCUGUAUUUAAAUGGUAAUCUCAUGGACAGGCUCACAGGGGAAAUGUUUUUUGGGUUGCAGAACUUGCAAUAUCUUUAUUUAGAGUACAAUAAAAUCAAGGAGGUUGAUGUGAGCACAUUUCGCUACCUUACCAAUCUCCAGUUGCUAUUUCUCAAUAAUAACGUCCUAAAAACAUUACCAGUGGGAAUUUUUUCCAGCCUCUCCUUAUCUCGACUUAAUCUGCGCAACAAUCAUUUCCAAAAUCUGCCUGUAAGUGGUGUUUUGGAUCAGCUCAAGCUACUGGUGCAAAUAGAUCUCUUUGAAAACCCCUGGGACUGCACCUGUGAUAUAGUGGGAAUGAAGAUAUGGCUUGACCAGCUCAGUGCAGGCACUGUCAUCAGUGAAGUCAUGUGUGAGACACCCAAACGCCAUGCAAAAAUGGACCUUCACUCAAUCUCAUCGGAGAAAUUGUGCCCUGACUUCUUUAAUACCUAUAUCUCACCAACCUCCCUGACCGAGGAGCCAUUAGACGACCGGGUCGUCCCUACAGAUGCCCCACACAAGUUCAACUCCCCUAGCAGCACUGUCCCCCUCUCAGUCCUAAUUCUGAGCCUCUUGCUUGUCUUCAUCAUGUCAGUUUUUGUGGCAGCAGGUCUUUUUGUUGUGGUGAUGAAGAAGCGCAAAAAAUCACAGAGUGACCGCACUAGCACGAAUAACUCUGAUGUCAGCUCCUUCAAUUUGCAGUACAGCCUCUACAGCAAUCGUUCAGGCCCGAAAGUGAAGGCACCAGUAGGUCACGUCUAUGAGUACAUCCCGCAUCCGAUGGGUCACAUGUGCAAAAACCCCAUUUACAGAUCGAGGGAAGGAAAUGCAGUGGAGGAUUACCGAGACCUUCACGAGCUCAAGGUGACUUACAGGAGUACCCCAGAUGGGGAGAGGAACCGAAGCAUGAUGAGGAGCCCUGCGUACAGUGUUAGCACCAUUGAACCACGGGACAACCCCUCCCCAGUCCAGGAUGCGGACCAUUUCUUCAGGGGAAUCCUUGAGGCUGACAAGCAGUCCCCUCAUCAAUCGAUCUCAUCCCUCCCAGUGGGGCCAAAUUUAGAGUACAAGUACACAGGGCCGGUGUCAUAUACCUAUAAUCCCAAUUUUGAUGUCAGGCGCCAGUUCUUGCACCCAGACAGGAUAAGAGAAACGGUAAUGUAUGGCACCUCACCCAGUACUGUUUACAUGGAGCCCAACAGAAACGAAUACUUGGAGCUAAAAGCAAAACUGCAGUCUGAGCCUGAUUACCUCGAAGUUCUUGAGAAACAGACCACCUUCAGUCAGUUCUGA